CAAGACAAAGGCCUCCCGUCCCACUUUCUGCGCCUCGCACUUACAAUAUUUUUGUUUGGGGCGGGAUUAGUCACUGUGGAAUUGACUCAACUCGGCCGCAGCAAUAUGAAAACCGCAUAAUCCGCAAUUAACCAGAAACGAACUGCAAGUGCACAGUUGCGGAUAUAACGCAGCAGCACCAGCAGCAUCCAGUGAAAAACAACAAAACACAAAGAGUAUCCAUUCCUCAUUUGGCUUGUGAGUAGGUUACACUUCCAAUUAGCAGGUCUGAUUGGAUUUGGCUGAUUUUCGCUGACCCUAUGCCAGUUCACGCUGUAAUGGCAAAGCGCCUGCUGCCCCACCAACCGUCGUUCGAGGGGGAUGCACCCGGUCCAGAUGAACUGGACAGUCCAGCCAUUGAGGCGGCAGCGCUCGACAUUCCGCCACCGGAGGCUGAUAAGGCCAUGCAAAAAGGAGUCUGGGAGCGACCCUCAUCGAGUACCGAAACCUUUAAACCACUCACCGAUGGCAGCACCGUCCUCCGCUUUGACAUCCUGCUGGCCCGCAUCAUGCCACCCGAUGGCGAGGAUGUCAAGAUCAAGCGAUUUGUGGUCUAUGAGCUGACAGUGAGCCAGGAUGGGGCCACCGCGGACACUCAACCGGCGAAGAUCGAGCGGCGCUACACGGACUUUCGCGAGCUUUAUCUGGGCCUGAAGCGUCAAUAUCCCACAGAACUGGCCAACAAGUAUUUCCCGGCCAAGGUACUGAUGGGUAACUUUAAGUCAGAGCUCAUUGGCGAACGCAGUGCCGCUUUUGAGGCCUUUCUCACCUAUGUGGCCGGUCAGACGAAGCUCCGGGAUUCGGAGGAGUUCCUGCGCUUCCUGCAGCACGAUGAGCUGUCCAGGGCAUGCCAGUUCUUGGACGAGCGGCGCAAUGAGAAUGCCAUACCAAUUCUGGAGAAUUGCUUCCGUUUGCUGAACAAGAUCUACAUGAACCGUUCCCGACCGGUACUUUUAAUACUCUGCCGGCUGGUGGCGGCCUGCACAUCAUCCCCGGUGCCCCAUCAUGCAGCCGAGAGAUGGGCCCUGGUGGCGCUAAGUCGCUUCGAAACUCUGUGCGAUAUUGAUCUGCUGCCGCUUUAUAUUCCCCUGCUUCAUACCUGUGCACAUCUAUGGUGGCAGCGUGGCCAGGACCAAAAGCCCAUCACCGACCGACUGACUGAUAUGUCCAAGCAGGGCAUCAAUAUUGCAAACACCGAAAGUCUUAUGCAGGCUAUUCACAAGAUAGACCCAAGGACCGAAACUAUUUAAAUCGGAAUCUCCACCAGAAAAUAUUAACCAUUAGUUCAUCAUUUUGUUCUGUAGUUUGUAGUCGCUAAGCGUAAAGUGCAAUUAUAGAACAUGUGCAAUUAAUAUUAAGGGUAACAGGAGUAUUUAGACAUAUUUAUGUUAGCCAAAGUAGUUCAUUUUUUUAACUAGCACUCAAAAUUCAGAAAGGUAUUCACAAAUUCAAAGAAACACAGCCAAACUUAUAUCAGCUUUAAAGCAAAACUAAAACAAAUAUAUACAAAUUUGUUAUUUCAAAAUUUCGACUGUGAUGUACAAAUUACCAAUAGAAAUAUUAGUGUUUUUUUUUUUGUUUGCAAUUAAAUUUGUAGUCUCUAAAAAUUAUAUUUAAAAUCAACUUAAAAACUACUUUGGUAACUUAAAAGGUUUAUCUUCACAUUUCUCGUUUACAAUACGUAUUUGUUUUUGGUAUUAUAUAUAAUUCAUUUGAUUAGUAUCCAGAGAGGGAAAGUUGUACCCUUCCUAGAAAUUGAAUCACAAAUGUAUUAACACAUGAUGCCAUGACGCACAGUCUAAAUAUCGAAGCUGAACACAAUUCCAUAUCCAUAUCAGCCUGAAAAAACAACUCCCCCUCUGUUAUUUAUUACAGCCAAAUGCCUUGUGAUUGUUUCUCUCAAUGAAUAAAUAUUAUACUCAACAUGUUUUUCACAAUACAAAAAAACAUCCAAGUCCCUUA